CAAACUCUACUAAGUUAAUACACUCCACUUUUUAUCAGUUAUAUAAUUCUCAAUCUUUAGAACAUACCAGCAUAUCGACAUUACGAGCAUUGUUAAGCGAUUGCACGGUAGUAAUGGAGUCCAUGAAUAUGAGAAUGGUAAAAGCCGUGAUGAUUAUAGUAGUCUUAGGGGUUCUCUCCGAACUAGGUUCAUGCAAAGUUGUGCAAUUCAUAUUUGGUGAUUCCCUCUCUGAUGUUGGAAACAAUAGGAAACUUCAAAAGAGUUUGGCGACCGCGAAUUUGCCGUGGUACGGGAUCGAUUUUGGUAAUGGAAUGCCCAACGGAAGGUUUUGUAAUGGUCGUACCGUUGCGGAUAUCAUAGGUGAUCACAUAGGUUUGCCAAGGCCACCUGCAUUUCUGGAUCCAGCUUUGAAUGAGGAGAUGAUACUUGAAAACGGUGUCAAUUUUGCCUCUGGCGGUGGCGGGAUUUUGAAUGAAACUGGAAGCUAUUUUAUACAAAAAUUUUGCCUGUACAAGCAAAUUGAGCUGUUUAAAGGAACACAAGAGCUAAUUCGUAGGAAAAUCGGAGCCGCAAAAGCGGCCACAUUCUUCGAGGAAUCCAAUUAUGUCGUUGCGCUGGGAAGCAACGACUUCAUCAACAACUACUUGCAACCAGUAAUGGGUGAUUCAUGGAAGUAUACGGACAGCACUUUCAUCGAUUACUUGAUGGAAACACUAGAGAGCCAACUCAAGCUGCUGCAUAGCCUUGGUGCGCGCAAAUUGGUUGUAUUUGGUCUUGGACCUAUGGGUUGCAUACCUCUCCAGCGUGUCUUAAGCACAUCAGGAGGAUGCCAGGUGCGAACAAAUAACUUGGCGCUCAGCUUCAACAAAGCUUCAGGCAAGCUCGUUAGCGAUUUGUCAAAAAGCCUACCUAACGCUACUUACCAAUUUGGCGAUGCCUAUGAUGUUGUUGCAGACGUAAUUGCCAAUCCAAACAAAUACGGAUUCAAUAACUCGGAUUCCCCAUGUUGUUCAUUCGGAAGCAUUCGACCAGCUCUUACUUGCGUCCCUCUGUCGACAUUGUGCGCGGACAGAAGCUCUUACGUGUUCUGGGACGAAUAUCACCCUAGUGACAGAGCUAAUGAAAUGAUUGCCAAGGAAAUCAUCAGAAAGCUUGGAUAUUUGUAUACCAAUUCAACUUCAGUUGGCAGCCCUUCACCUUCUCCAGUUGAAGCUCCUGCUAAACCUACACCUGAAGCUCCAGCUACAGCUCCACGUAAGGCUCCGGCGCCAAAAGCUACAAACACGGUUCCAGCUAAAGCUCCAACCAAAGCUACACCUGAAGCUCCAGCUGAGGCUCCAUCUUCUGAUGAUUAAUUAGAUCACGGAUGUAACGUUUUAUUUUGUCGAUCGGUGUCAUUUACAUCGAUCUCUCUCCAAUUUUUACGACCUUUUUUUCUUUUCUUUUCACCUAUCAGUAUUUAUGUUGCUCGCUAUUUACAACUGAGCCAGAUCGGUAGGAUACGACUUCGUACCACCGCAAUUUGAAACUGCUGCUCUGUAAUCAUCGAUUCAUCGUCAAGAGUAGGAUCUUUUGAAAUGAAUGAAGCAGACGUUGUACCAAGUAUGCAGGA